CAGGAGGGGAGCUCGUGCUGCUUGUUGCGGGAAUAUCACCUCUGUUGGACUUGGCUGAGGACUCGAGUACACGUUUUCUAUAGUAUCGACGUAGCAGAUAAUUUAAGUGGCGUUUUGUUCCAAACAAACUUGUAGACCCUGCACGUCUUUCCCGCCACUGUUUUUAAUGUGUUUUAUGUGUUUGCGCUCAACAGUCAGGUAGACUUAUGUGGGCAAAGUGUACAGGAGUAUCGGCGUGUGAAUUAUCCCGUGGAUGCGGCGUCGGGGUCGGUGUCUGAGCCCUGCAGGAGCAGCCUGUCAUAGGGCAUCAUGAUUUUUUUGGCUCUUCACAAGUGGACGAGGAAUAAUUCUCCGGAGAUGCUGCUGUUGGUGCAUAUGUUGUGGUUUUUCCCUUUGACUGGAGCGGCUCCUUCUUUGACCACCGAGCAGCUGGACACAGGGGUGGACUGGCUGAGCAAAUUUGGCUACCUCCCACCCCCUGACCCAGUGACUGGUCAGCUUCAGACCAAGGAGGCCCUGACCAAGGCCAUCAAAGCCAUGCAAAAAUUUGGCGGGCUGAAGGAGACCGGAGUCUUUGACCAAGCCACUCUAGGCCUUAUGAAAACACCCAGAUGUUCUCUGCCAGAUGUGUCCGAGGCUGAGGGGACGAUGGGCCGUAGGAAACGAAGCUCGACUCCUCAGAACAAAUGGAGUAAAAGGCAUCUAUCCUGGAGAGUGAGAACCUUCCCAAAGGAUUCAGCCUUACUGGGCAGGGACACUGUUCGAGCCCUGAUGUACUACGCUUUGAAGGUCUGGAGUGACAUCGCUCCGCUUAACUUUCACGAGGUGGCAGGAAGUGAUGCGGACAUUCAAAUAGACUUCACAAAGGCCGACCACAAUGAUGGCUACCCUUUUGAUGGGCCGGGGGGGACUGUGGCACACGCAUUUUUCCCUGGAGAGAGGUUCACAGCCGGGGAUACGCACUUUGAUGAUGACGAGGCCUGGACCUUCAGAUCUCCAGACUCUCAUGGGAUGGAUCUGUUUGCAGUUGCAGUCCAUGAGUUCGGUCAUGCCAUUGGCCUGGUCCACACCUCUGCCAUGGAGUCCAUCAUGAGGCCGUACUACCAGGGUCCUGUGGGAGACCCUCUGAAGUACGAUCUACCCUAUGAAGACAAGGUCCGUGUCUGGCAGCUCUACGGUGUCAGAGACUCAGUGUCCCACACAAACCGACCAGGCAACCCUUCCCAGACAGCUGAACCUCCUGUACUGCUUGACCUUCCUGAAAACAGAUCCACUUUCUUGCUGGCGCGAGAUGCCCCCGACAGAUGCACCAGUCACUUUGAUGCAGUGGCCCAGAUUCGAGGGGAGGCCUUCUUUUUCAAAGGAAAGUAUUUCUGGCGACUAACUCGAGAGAAACACCUGGUGUCUUUACGCCCGGCUCAGAUCCAUCGUUUCUGGCGGGGCCUCCCUACCAACCUGGACAGUGUGGAUGCUGUUUACGAGAGACCAGGAGACCAUAAAAUUGUAUUUUUUAAAGGGUUGAAGUACUGGGUAUUUAAAGAUAAUAUCGUAGAGGAGGGUUACCCUCGUCCAAUCAGUGACUUCGGCCUUCCCUCUGACGGUGUGGAUGCAGCUUUCGUUUGGCUCCACAAUGAUAAAACUUACUUCUUCAAGGACAACCAGUACUGGCGCUAUGACGACCACCUGAGGCGUAUGGACCUUGGUUAUCCUAAAGACAGCUUGCUGUGGAAGGGGCUGCCGCCCCAGCUGGAUGACGCCAUGAGGUGGUCUGAUGGCUCGUCCUAUUUCUUUAAGGGGAAGGAGUACUGGCGAGUGCCGGGUAGUGACAUGGAGGUGGAGGCAGGAUUCCCCCGCCUCAUUGCUAAAGACUGGCUCCUGUGCACAGAGAUGCAGUCUGACUCUCCGGACUCGGAGCCCAAAAGCACAGAGACGAGAGGCAACGUGCGCCAACACCCGGACCAUGCAGAGAACGGGUAUGAGGUGUGCUCCUGCACCUCGGAUUCUGCCUCACCGUUAGGUGCUCGACCCUCCCCCUCUCCCUUGUGGCUGCUGCCAUCUCUCUGGACGCUCUCACUGGCCCUCUGGUCUGAACUGCUAUGAUGCCAAAGCUCGGGACAGAACUCCUGAGCUGAUUGGUGGAGGGCUAGAGGACUAUCAGCGGAAGCAAAAACUCAAACUUUUCCUUCUUAUUAUAUCAUUUGGUAUGUUUUUGGGCUAAUUUUCUGUUAUUUAUUUUACAUGUCAUUUGGUGGGCUCUGCCAACUAAAGUAGUCAUUUAUAGAAAUCAAUACAGAAUCAAAACACUCACAAGGCUUAACAGAGAUAUGAUUGAAUGGGCACAUUGCCUCUUUCUACAAGGAAAGAGCUGACUGUACACUGCAAAAACUCAAAUCUUUGCAAUUGUCUUAUUUCUAGUAAGAAAUAUAUAUGAUCACACUACUUGUAAGCCACAUUUACCUGACAGGUCCAGGUAGAUAUCGUAUUUUGAGAUAUAGAUAGAAAAAAUCUCAUAAUAACUAAGAAAACCAGUCAACACUACGGUGAAUUCAGGCAUCUUUGUACACUUUUUAAUUUCUGUUAGCUGAAGCAGGGAAUGCUUCAGUAGAAAGUAGAUUAAGUAUCUAUGUAGCUAACAUAGCUGCUUUGUGAGAUUAGCUUUAAAUACCUUUGCCAUGUAGCUACGUUAGCUACGUAACUGCUUUAUCUGUUGUAAAGUAAGCUUUGCAAUGUGAGCUUAAGCAAUCAUAGCUAAAGCUAACGUAGCUAAGUAGAUGACCCUCUCAAAGUAUAUUACAUAGCUGCUUAGUAAGCUUAGCCUUAGCUACAUUAGCCACAUAGCUACAUUAGCUACGUAGCUGCAUUAUCUCUAGCAUAGUUACCUUUUGCUAUGUGAGCUUUACCAAAUGUAGCUAAAGCUAACUUAGCUACAUAGAUAAUGUAGAUACAUAGCUUCUGCAGCUGCUUUGUGAGCUUAGCUUUAGCUGCCUUGGCUGCAUGGCUACAAAGCUACGUUAGAUACUCUGCGUUGGAAUGUUCUGAUGGAGGAUGAUCUUUUUUCCUGUAAGUACACUGCUUACUUGGCCUCUCUUAUUUAACAGUUUGUUGUCAGGUUUUUAAUUUAAUUUGUAACUUUUGGUAUCCUAACGGUUACCUAAACUCUUACCCUAACCCUAAACAGAAGUUUAAUCUUGUGUUAUUUAACACAUUUUAGUGUGCAUUUCUGUUCUGAGAUGUACACUAUUUCAGAUGAAUAUUCUGUGAGAGUGGCUGUCAGAGAUAAACGGUCUGCAGCCAAACUGUGUCCAGGCCUACCUCUACACAGUUUGUCACCCUUCGACUGCAUAGAACAGAUUACCUAGUGUGAGUGUGCUAUAAAUUUGUAAGCUGCGUCUUAUUUCAUGACAUUUAAGUGAAAUUUCUUGCUGCGUUGGCAGAGAUAUUCUUCUGGCCUUGUUUUUGGCUCAUUAUAAACUGAAAUAAGAUGUUUAUUUUGAACUUUUGGUGAAUGUGGUUAACAUGAGUGUAAUGAAAUAUUUGCAACAAGAAAUAAGACAAAUGACUUGAUUAGAAUUUGAGUUUGUGCAUUUAAAUGUUUUCCAAGAGCACCUACAGUGAUUUUCUUCAUGUGCAGCAGGUUUAUAGAAACAGUGACUCAGAUGUAAAGUAGAUGAAUUGACCUGAUAAGCAGCUAAAAAAGGGGAACAAAAGGCCAAAAUGAACACAUUUAGGGAUUGUACAUCACAUUAAAGUACUCUGAAAAGAAAGCAUUAAAAUAGAGGUAGAGAUGACCAAAAAAGAAACAUUUUCACAACCCAAUCUCUACAAAUGUAGAUGUUUCUAACAGUUUCUGCCCUCAUGACAAAACAUUGAAGGCAAAAAUAAUUUUGUUUCUCCUUUUUUAUCACAUGUCCAAUUUGAAAUCCAAUUGGAAAACUCCACAGUCGAGUGUCUUUGCAGACACAAUGUCAGUGUGACUCUGGAUUAUCUGCAGGAUUCAGGGAGAUUGUUUGUCCCUCAAUUUAAAGCUAUGGGGAAAAGAGUUUGCAACAAAGUCUGUAGAUUAUCCCAAUAACAUGGACAAUGUUUCUGAAAGGACACAUUGCCUAAAACUUUGAAGUUUUAAAGCAUUUUUAAAGCUCCAUGCAGCGCUGAAGACAUAAAAUCAAAACUACUUGCAUGGCAGGAUAGAACCAAAGGUAACUGAGUGUAGUGGGUAACUGACCUUUAAAUAAACCCCAGAGUCCAAACACAUACACUCGCGCAUCCAUCCAUGCUCAUCACCUUGACAGCAAGCUUGUGAUAAGCAUGAAUGUUUUGGCUCCUGCUCUCGCAGAAAGUGUCCAAACUUCUUGCAGUCAGAUCUGUGAGGAUGGACAGCUGAGUAGGUGUAUUGUUUGUCAGCAUAGGUUUCCUUGCGUAAAUUCCUUAGUUUGAUUCUAAAGUCAAAAAAUUGCAGCUUAAAUACUGUUUUUGUUUUCACUGGCUCAAUAUUUUUAUCUCUGGUUUGAAAGCAUUCCCUGCUCUUGGUUCAGUUGUAACAUUUGUAUCAAAAUCAGGCGAGGUAAUAUUGCUGUUAAUUUUACAUGGCAGGUCAUAGAGUUUAAAGGGGCUUUUUGUGACUGCUGAGUAUUUCUUUUACUGUCUUUAGCUCCUUCUGAAGACAAGAGUCACAGCUUGACUCCUGAUUUAUUCUUGCUGUAAAGAUAUAUUUACCUAUAGACUGAGUUGAACGGUUCUGCACUUAUUGCAGCACCAAGUGGACUGUGUAUAUUUUAAGCUGUGUUUUCUAAUGUAAAAUAUUUUUGUAAAAAAUAAAUUAAAACAAA